CCUGUGCAGAAUAGUUGCGUGUGUGUGUGUGUGUGUGUGUGUAAGUGUGUGUGUCGCCCCCACCACGCCGCUCGUCACCCGUUACAACCGCGACACACACGCGCUCCUCGCACACACGCCGCCAUCCUGCGUGUGAGACACACUGGUGCGUUAGCCUGCUAGCUAACGAGCUAACGAGCGUCUGGAACAAGCGGCGUCGCGUCGGGUUUCUCUCGGUUUUUUUGCCCUUUUUUCUUGUGAUGUUCACGCGUCUCCACCGUUGAGGUACCGGGAUUAUCUGCUUAUCUGCUCCGCCCACCCCCGCUCCUCGGCUGACCGGGAGCCGCCAUGGAGUGCCGCGUGCUGUCCAUACAGAGCCAUGUAGUCCGGGGAUAUGUGGGCAACAAGAGCGCCUCGUUCCCGUUACAGGUUUUAGGGUUUGAGGUGGACUCCAUUAACUCUGUCCAGUUCUCCAACCACACAGGUUAUUCCCAUUGGAAAGGUCAGGUGUUGACGGCAGAUGAGCUUCAUGUUCUUUAUGAGGGAAUCAAGCUGAACAACGUACAUCACUAUGACUAUGUUUUAACAGGGUACACCAGAGACACGUCCUUCUUGGAGAUGGUGGUGGACAUUGUUCAGGAGUUAAAGCGAGCCAACCCCAACCUGGUGUACGUAUGUGACCCCGUCCUCGGUGAUCAUGGAUCUAUGUACGUUCCCCAGAACCUUUAUCCGGUCUAUAAGAACAAGGUGGUUCCUGUCGCCGACAUUAUUACUCCCAACCAGUUUGAGGCAGAAUUACUGACGGGGAAAAACAUCAGCACAGAGAAAGAUGCUGUGGAGGUCAUGGACCUUCUUCAUGCUAUGGGCCCAGACACGGUGGUCAUCACCUCGUCUGACCUGCCCUCCAGGUUGGGAGACCGCUUCCUGGUGUCGCUGGGCAGCCAGCGUAAGGUUCGUCCAGACGGCAGCAAGACGACACAGAGAGUUCGAAUAGAAGUUCCCAAAGUGGACGCCGUUUUCGUAGGAACCGGAGAUUUGUUUGCGGCAAUGCUGCUAGCGUGGACACACCACUACCCUAAUGACCUCAAGAUGGCCUGUGAGAAGACGUUUUCAGUGAUGCACCAUGUUAUCCAGAGGACCAUAUCUUAUGCUCACGAGUUAGCCGGUCCUGGUCGGAGGCCCAGUCCGCCCCAGCUGGAGCUGAGGAUGGUUCAGAGUAAAGCUGACAUAGAAGACCCUGCUAUAGUGACUGAGGCCACGGUCAUAUCCUAACAUUACCCGCCCAUAAGACUCAUACUAACCUUGUGCUCUUCACCCAUGAAUCUCUCAAAUCCUAUAUCUCGGUAAAUCUCUCACCACUGUAAAACCUUGACUGUCAUUUCCCAACUUCAACACGUCAUCAUCCAGACUCCUGAAACCCCUUAGUAUUGUAACCCCUUUAGUCCUUUCCCCUUAAAACCUUUACCCCUUGAACUCCUCGGUGUCCGAACCCCUUAAACCCGUAGCUCCGACGGCCCCGUAACCCAAACCCUGUUUUUAGAACCAGAGCCAUGGAUAAACAGAAGCUUUGGUCAGGUUGGACCGUGAUGGCGUCUUCUUGAAACAGGGUAUGUGAGUGGAAUGCACAGCUGCUACUUUAUGGAAAGCUUUAGGCUUCAAGUGUCGUUUCUUACUCCAGGAUAUCACUUAAUUCAUACGUUCUAUAGCAAGGGUUAAUAAAAAUAGGAUGAAUCUUCAGAGAGAUAAUUAGCGAUGAGAAAAGUCCAGUAUAGAUAUCGAUAAGGGAGAUUUCUUAUAGCAAAGGUUGAGUAGAUGUUUGUCCUUGAAGAUACUUGGACUAGUUGUAGUCAUGACUUAAUGAAGUUAAGUAAAAUAAUAUAUGAAUUAAGAAAUAUAGAAAUAAACUGAAAGGAGGCAGCUGCUGUGUAAAGUAUUUUUCCCACCGUCAAUUUAAAAUGAAAACAUCAGCACUUAUUGUGAUACUAGUUGAAACAGGGUUUCCUCUGGGUUUUAAAAAUCAGUAAUCUGAAUUUUAAGUCUUUGAAAACAUGUUUAAAUAUCACACACUAGGUUUUAAAUGCGUUCAGGUAAGUCUAAUUUAGUUAUUUUAAAAUUAAAUAUGUUGGCAGCAUGCAUAGUUGUGAUGUCUCCGUGUGUUGUGAUUCUGGGACAUUCCUUCAUAUCUCUUGUACUUGAAAUAUGUCUUAGAUUUAAUUUGUUAUGGUCUUAAAUUUAAACCCUACAAAUGUAUCACGCACGGUUUUAUUAUGUCUUUAUUCUUUUAAAGAAUAUUUCUCGUGCGGUUCUGACAUAGUGGGAACGAUGUGUAGUUGCUUUUGGAGACAAAAAAAAACUUCAAAUUGAUCCAGAACGGAAAGUGAAUUGAUUCCAGCUCCUGAAUAUUUCAGGAUGUAAAAACACUGCCUCUAAAUUCCUGUCACUUCAUGGCUCUGUUACUGCCUCUCCACUCACACACUCGUUGUGUUACUGACGGUGUUGCUCUCCAGCGACGCUCCUCCACACCAGUUGCUAGGUUUGCACUGGUUUUACUGUCACAUGACCAGACUCUGUUCGUCUAUGGCUCUGCCCACCGCUGUCCCCGCCCCCUCCCCGUCUUACAGCAGUGAUGUAAUGUGACCAAGUCUAACCCCCGACCCCUUGACAAUAAUAACAAAGGAAAAAAAAACGCACAAUGUAUAGUUGAUGUAUAGAUGUUGUACCAUAACUGUAUUGGACCAUCUGUAUGAUAUCUUCUAUCUGAUCUGUCUAUUGGACCAUAGUGUUGAUGCUACUGUACUAUAGACCACACCCACUACAAUAUCACCCAAACCAGGGACGACGGGGUGGUUCUGGCACCCGAGCGGCUCCUGUGGCUCCAGAUGUUCUCACUUGUUAGUAAUAGGUAACUGUCUGAUUAUCAUAGUAAAUAGUUGAACCUCUCUCAUCUCAACAUAAAGAAAAAUGGUCGACCUGGAGCUGUCAGAGCCGCCGCCCCCCCCCUGGCUGAUUUCUAUUCGCAGUGCACUGUUAGACCAAUCAGAAAUCGGCCGCCUCGGUGCCAGAACCAACCCACAUCACGCCGGGCGGUUCCCGGCUCAGCUCUGGCCCAGAACCCUAUAUCUGAGAGUUGUGCCACUGAAAUGACUGGAGGCCUCGAGACGUAGUAGAAGGAGACUUCCCCCACGUCCAGUAGCAGCUCCGCUAACCUUUGUCGUGGACAUUUUUAUUUACUUUUGCUUCACUUCACACUCCACUGUGAACAGAAUUGAUGAUGGUUUCUUUUUUUUAUUAAAUAUAUAAGAUUAAAGAUCCAAUGUAACAUCUGGGCAAACUGGUGCCUGUUUGAAAUGAAGAUCUAACUUGUUUUAUCUUCUUCAGCUGAUUAUUAUUCACUAUUUCGUUUAAUCAAAGCAGGAUUAUGUCUAUAAAUUAUAUAUUUUUAAAUUAUAACAUCACUAUUUACCAGAGCCUAAGGUAACUAACUGAUCAAAUGUUUUUCCCAACAAAGAAUCCCCCAAAAAUAUAUAUUUUUUAAUUAUUAAAGCAAAUGUUUGUGAUCUAACUUUCCCAGUAACAUCAGGAAAUGUUUGAAUACUGAUGAUUAAAGUUUUGAUUUCAGAAAGUCAAACUUUGCACAGUGUUCUCCGCUCACUGACGCAAACACCUUGUCCACAUUGUGACGAUGUGGUCGCCCAGAAGCAAACUAUUCUCCAAAUGACUUGAAACAGUUGUGUCGUCUUCC